CUUUUUAAAAAAAUGUUCUCCAUAGGCGACACAGACUUGGUCUAUACUAAGGCAAUGCCUAAUUUCACGGAUGUGGCAGAAUUUAUUCUCCUGGGGCUGACCUGUCGUCAAGAGCUACAGGUUCUCUUCUUCGUGGUGUUCUUAGCGGUUUACAUGCUCAGUCUGUUGGGAAAUAUUGGUAUGAUCAUUUUGAUUAGCAUCAGUCCUCAGCUUCAGAGCCCCAUGUACUUUUUCCUGAGUCAUCUGUCUUUUGUGGACGUGUGCUUCUCCUCCAAUGUUACCCCUAAAAUGCUGGAAAACUUACUAUCAGAGACAAAAACCAUUUCAUAUGUGGGGUGCUUGGUGCAGUGCUAUUUUUUCAUUGCUCUUGUCCACGUGGAGGUCUAUAUCCUGGCUGUGAUGGCCUUUGACAGGUACAUGGCCAUCUGCAACCCUCUGCUUUAUGGCAGUAAAAUGUCCAGGACUGUGUGUGUUCGACUCAUCUCUGUGCCUUAUGUCUAUGGAUUCUCUGUCAGCCUAAUAUGCACACUAUGGACUUAUGGCUUGUACUUCUGUGGAAUCUUUGAAAUCAAUCACUUCUAUUGUGCAGAUCCCCCUCUCAUCAAGAUUGCCUGUGGGGGAGUGCACAUCAAAGAAAUCACAAUGAUUGUUAUAGCUGGAAUUAACUUCACGUAUUCCCUCUCAGUGGUCCUCAUCUCCUACACUCUCAUUGUAGUAGCUGUGCUACGCAUGCGCUCUGCCGAUGGCAGGAGGAAGGCGUUCUCCACCUGUGGGUCCCACUUGAUGGCUGUGUCUCUCUUUUAUGGGACUCUCAUCUUCAUGUAUCUCAGGAGACCCACUGAGGAAUCUGUAGAGCAGGGGAAAAUGGUGGCUGUGUUUUACACCACAGUAAUUCCCAUGUUGAAUCCCAUGAUCUACAGUCUGAGAAACAAGGACGUGAAAGAAGCAGUCAACAAAGCAAUCACCAAGACAUUCAUGAGGCAAUAAAACUGCAGGGGAUAUUGUUGUCCGUAUUAUAAAUAGGAUCCUAUUAUAAAUGGUCACAUGUAAAAGUUGAAGCUCAGACAGUGCUAUGUAAAGGUAACUCUUUCAUGCACUGUGAGGUUCAACGUAACAGAGUGAUGCUUUACCUUAUGUAUGGACUCCAAAUGCUAAGCAUAUUUUCUCCUACAUGUGCACCCAUAUUAUAAAAGAUUACAUGAUGUUCAUUCACAAUAUGCUUAAAAUUGGGCUGAGUGUAGUCACUGGAGGAACUGACAAGUAAGUGUAGAUAUAUACAUGUUAAGUUGGAGGUACACUUGUUAGUGUUGGAUGUUAUUUCCCAGAUUAUUUUAUACAUCUACAUGCUUCUCAAACUAGAUUUCAUGUGAAAUACAUAAACUCCCAGAACAAA